UUGAAGUCCCUCCCUCCAAGUUUGCUCCGUCAGUGCUCACUUACAUUCCUGCAUUCACGCCAGUUGACUGGUGAACAGUGGGGUUCACUUAAACAGGAUAAGGCUGAUACACUCCAAGUCAGUGAAUUCCUCCAACCUGAAUUUCACUUUUCAUUCACCGGUUUCAUCGACUUAUUAAAGAGGUGGUUGCUAAGAGAUGACAAUCGGUGACAUUGGUGAGAGCAUCUGAUGUAGCGCAGCCUGGAGCUCGACUUCUCCAGGAUCUCUUUCCUCCACACCUCUAUCUGUAACUGGCUCAUGUGAAGGACGUGGGAAAUGCUCUCAUAUUAACUCACACAUACCAUGGCAGCGUUUACUGCUCCUUGUGCCACCGCUAAUACCACGACCACCACGGUGGCCCGAACUGCAUGGCAAAGGCAAGGAAGCGGCAAAGAGGCAGGCAAAUAUGAGAAUGGGGACGUGGGACAAAACACUAUCCUGGAGAAAACCCACGAGUUCUUCCAGAUGUGUGACAUCGAGAACAAGGGCUUCAUCAGCCGACGAGACAUGCAGAGGCUGAACGGCGGGCUACCUCUCAGUGCCGAGGAGCUGGAGAACGUAUUUGAUACCCUUGAUUCCGACGGCAAUGGAUACCUUACCCUCGACGAGUUCUCUUCUGGCUUUAGUGAGUUUUUAUUCGGCCAGAAGAUUUCUGUAGAGGAAGGCAUGGAGGAGAAAAACCCCUGUGAAAGCCCGUCAGAGGUCCUGUACCAGACCCAGUGGGAGGAGAGCCUGGCAAGAGGAGAUGAGGAUGAAGAGGAGAAACACUUUUGCAUGCUUAUGGAGAGCCUCGGAGCCAACAGUGUCUUUGAAGAUCCUGCUGAAGUGCGCAGUUUGUGGGCCCAGCUGCGCCGGGAUGAACCACACCUUUUAUCCAAUUUUGAGGACUUCCUGGCCAGAGUGACAUCUCAGAUCAUAGAGGCCAACCAGGAGAAGAGGGAGAUGGAGAGCGCUCUCAAAAGGAAAUCAGCAACACAUGAUGAUGAGAUCCAGCGCCUUUAUGAGGAAAUGGAGCAGCAAAUAAAAAAUGAAAAAGACAGGAUUGUGUUGCAGGACUAUGAGCGGUUUCUGUCUCGCAGUCAAGACAUGGAGCUGCAGCUGUCCAGAAAGGAGAAAGAGCUGGAGCAACUCUUUCAGAAACAGAGAAGGUUGGAGAGCCAGUUCCAGGAGCUUCACAGUGAACAAAAUGUGACCAAGGUGGAGAACGUGAAGCUGAAGCAGACGAAUGACGAGUUAACACUGGAGCUGGAGCACACCAGCCAAGAGCUGAUCUUGGCACAGGAGCAGCUGAGUGUGCUGCAGGAGCAGUCCACACGGCUUCAUGAAGAGAAGGAGAUGGAAAUAUACAGACUCACUGAGGGACUGCAUCGAGAGCGAGCGGGCCUCCUCAAACAACUGGACCUUUUGAGGGAAAUGAACAAACAUUUACGGGAUGAAAAGGACAUGUGUUUUCAGAAACCAAAGAAAACACCAGGUUGGAAGCAGAGGCCUUUAAUCAAUGUUGUGAAACACACAAACACACAUAUCUUCAAAAGUGAGGAUGAGGAGGAGCUGACCACCAGCUCUGUGAGGCAGAAGCUAGCCAAUGGGUCAUGCCAGUCCUCUUGCAUAGCGGAGACAAGAGGGCACCUCCAGAGGAUCAUCUCCAUCGAGGAGGACCACCUCCCACACUUACUCCAGAAUGACUGUCAGGCCCAAACCCCACUUCAGGAGUGCAGUGAAGGAGAGGAAGCCUCAGACAAUGAGGAGAAUAUAGACUUGGUGAUGAGCGAUAUUUACCCGUGUGCGUCUUCUGCCCAGCAGCAAAAGUCAAAGGGAACUGAGGAGAAAAGUGAAACCCCCACAUCUCCGAGGGGUCAGCCUGUUGGCAAGGAGACCAGUUUAAAUGAGGAAGGUGGUCCCUCGCCGCCUGACCGCCUCUUCAAGAUCAUCCUGGUGGGGAACUCAAGUGUAGGAAAGACCUCCCUCCUUCGACGAUUUUGUGACGACUGCUUCCACCCUGGCACUUCUGCCACUGUGGGUAUAGAUUACAGUGUAAAGACAAUAACUGUGGACAACAGCCACGUGGCACUGCAGAUGUGGGAUACAGCAGGACAGGAGAGGUAUCGAAGCAUCACCAAACAAUUCUUUCGCAAGGCCGACGGUGUGGUGGUGAUGUAUGACAUCACAGCCGAGCAGAGCUUCACAGCUGUCAGACAGUGGCUGACAAGUGUAAAGGACGGCGCAGGCGAGGACAUCCCCAUCAUGCUCUUGGGAAACAAAACGGACAAGGAGAUUGAGAGACAAGUUCAGAAAAGAGUGGGCGAAAGACUAGCCAAGGACUGCCAAAUUACUUUCUAUGAGUGCAGUGCAUGCUCCGGACACAAUGUGGUGGAAUGCAUGGUUCAUUUAGCCAGAAUUCUGAAAGAGCAAGAGGACAGAGAGAAGGAGAAGACUGUCCAGCUGGUCGGCAGCCCCUCAGAGAAGAAGAGAUCCUGCUGCUAACAGUUAAACAGUCAACAUAUACACAGUAGCACUACUCUUUACUAAGGUACACAAUGUGAUAGUGUGACCACAUGUGCCACUGAGGCCACAUUAUUCUGAAUGUAAGCACAACUGUUUCUCACACCGUCUUGCUUUGUAGCAACACCAGAAUGAAUACUGUAUGUAUGUCGUCAUGUGUCACGGAUGUUAUUGCAUUAUUAUAAACAGAACAGUCUACUCUGUAUGUUUAACCAAAUUAUUUGCAGUUGGAAAAUAACCUCAGUUUUUCAAUUUUAUGAAAUGCAGUAAAAUAAUUAGAAUACUGUAAGAAAAGUUAAAAGGCUGUCUUUGAGGGUUAGAUAUAAACAACAACUGAACAAAUUUAGGUCAAACAGAGUCCCUUUUGAGUCAAACUGAGACUUUUAAAUUUUUUAAAUGUAGGAUAUUCUUCCAAAGUCUGACUGUAGCUCUCAAAUAUUUAUUUACUGCAAUGGCCCUUUAUCUGUCACAUGUGGGCUUUUUACUGUAUAUAUUAAUAUAUUCAUUCAGUGUUAUGUGUAACUUUUUAGCUGUUUUGCUUCUUCACCUUUUGUACACAUACAUGCCCUGGACACAAUAACAUGAACAACUGUAAAAUGUAAUGCAUUAUCAAACAACCUUACAGUACAGUACAGUAACACUACCUUAGAGAAGCUUUUGGUGUUCAGUUUGAGACUGUGUCAGAGAGGUGGUGAUUUAACUGUUGAGUUGUGGUGCUAUGUGGCAUUGCAGGAUAUUGCACGGGUGUCUUAUUGGACAAAGUAAAAACAAAAUUACUAUCGUGCAGCACAGUACAGAAGUACAGUAAUGUGCUUCUGUGUUUAGUCCACUGAAUAAACAAACAUGAUUGUGUAGUUAAAUCAAGAAAAACUGAAAAUUACUACCUUCCAAUUUAGUAUUUGUUGCAGGGCUGUCAUAUUUAAUAGUGUUAUAUUUUACAGGCAUUUGUGUUAUUAUGUCCUCUCUAUAUUAUUAUUGAUUUGUAAUUCUCUGUUGUUUUUGUUGUAACAGUACUGAAGGUUGUUAGGUUCUGUUGUGUGUUCUAUUUUAGGAGCUGGAGAAUAAUACAUAUAAUUAUUUUCCCCCAAUAGACCAAAUUAAGUCUUAAACUGCCUCUGUGCCAAGUAUUUUAUGAAAAUGGUGUCACUUUAACAUGUUAAGUAAGUUGUGUAAUCUGUAUGUUACAGGAAGGUUAAAAUUUGAGACGUUUUGGUUAAAAAGUUCAGAUUUUACUGUUUGAUAUUGCACUAUAAUCACUAACAGUGCUUCACUAAUGCCAGCACAUCACUUUAAUGUAUAUAGAAACAUGUAAAUAGCAUAAAACAAACAGAAAUCAGUAAAGAAUUGUUAAUGUUAAUGCCAUUUGUAAAGAACCUGGUGACUGAGUCAUUUCUUCCCGGUACAAUGACAUUAAAAUAAGUCAUACAGCAUCACCCAGUG